UGUGAAUGGCAUUUAACGUAGUGUAAACGAAGCUUUGAAAAAUGCGGUAUAAUCUGUUUGCCAGUGCCUUGAAACUGCUCAAUAGCACCAAAAACCACAAUUUAUUCGUGGUAAAUGUGCGCAGCCUAACCGGUGCUGCCCAAACAAAUGAUGCAGUUGCUCCAACAACACGUCCACCUCCAACGGAAUCUGGAAAUCACGAAGAGGAACAACGGUCGCUGCACAUCGCCGUAAUCGGGGUGCCCAAUGUAGGCAAAAGCACCUUCAUCAACAACACUGUUAACCAUCGAGUGUGUCCAACAUCGGCUAAGGUGCACACUACGCGUCAGUCGAGCACAGCAAUCUUGACCACCGGUCAAACGCAGUUGGUCUUUUACGAUACUCCUGGUCUAGUGACCCAACACGAGAUACGUCGGCACCACUUGGACCAGAACUUCAAAAGUGCAUACCGUCAUGCCAUCCAACAUGCAGAUAUCAUCGCCGUGGUGCAUGAUGCCUCAAAUGGCUGGACGAGGAAAGAGCUGCACCCCACUGUUUUGGACACACUAAAGGCAUAUAGCAACCUUCCCAGCUUCUUAGUUCUUAACAAGAUCGACGCACUCAAGUCGAAGCGUUUGCUGCUGGAUCUGAUAAAGACUCUCACCAAUGAUACAUUGAAAGCUGAUAAGCGCGGGGCUCAAGGAGCAGUGUCGUUGACCAAGGAAGUAAGGAUAAAUAAGCGGGAGUCAAGCUGGAGCCACUUCAGCGACGUGUUCCUCGUCUCCGCCGUGACGGGUAGUGGCCUGCAUGAGCUACAAAACUACCUAGUUGGUCAGGCAAAGCCUAGGGUUUGGAAGUACCCAGCCGAUGUCCGAACCGACUGCAGCCCAGAGGCUCAGAUUGUAGAGAGCGUGCGAGCCCGCCUACUGGAUUACUUGCCCCAGGAGAUUCCCUACAACCUGAAGUGCGAGCUAGAGUACUACAGUGUAGAGAAGAAUGUGAUCUACACUUCCGUGCAGGUUCAAUGCCCCACCACGCGGAUAGAGCGCCUGAUUUGCGGCGAAGGGAAUGGAAAACUAAGGCAAAUUACGGAGAGGGUUACGUCAGAUUUGGUGGAGAUGUUUGGCCAAGCAGUGUCCCUUACCAUAUCCACGGUUUCAAAGGGCAUCAAGAAAACCGCCUCCUAACCUGUUGUUAACUACUUGUAUUUUAUUUGUAACGUUCAAUAAACCUAAGAG